GGGGGGGGGCCGGGCGGCCGCCAUGGGGCGGUCCGGGGUGAUCGCGCCGCUCCCGUCCCGCAGGCAUGGACGAUGGGUUCCUCAUGGAGGUGUGCGUGGACUCGGUGGAGUCCGCCGUCAACGCGGAGCGCGGAGGUGCCGGGCGGAUCGAGCUGUGCGCGGGCCUGGUGGAAGGAGGGACCACCCCGAGCAUGGGGCUGCUGCAGGUGGUGAAGCAGUGCGUGCGGGUCCCGGUGUUCGUCAUGAUCCGGCCCCGCGGCGGGGAUUUCCUGUACUCGGACCGGGAGGUGGAGGUGAUGAAAGCCGACAUCCGCCUGGCCAAGCUGCACGGCGCUGACGGGCUGGUGUUCGGGGCCCUCACCGAGGACGGGCGCAUCGACACGGAGCUCUGCACGGCGCUGCUGGCCGUGUGCCGUCCCCUGCCAGUCACAUUUCACCGCGCCUUUGACAUGGUGCAUGACCCUCUGGUGGCACUGGAGACCCUGAUUUCCCUGGGGUUUGAGCGGGUGUUGACGAGUGGCUGUGACAGCUCAGCACUGGAAGGAUUGUCCUUGAUUAAGAGGCUUGCAGAACAGGCAAAGGGCAGAAUUGUGGUGGUGCCAGGAGGUGGCAUCACGGAGCGCAACCUGCAGAGGAUUCUGGAAGGCUCCACUGCUUCUGAGUUUCACUGCUCUGCUCGCUCAGCUCGGGACUCAGGGAUGAAGUUCAGAAAUCCGAACGUUGCCAUGGGAGCGUCCUUCUCUGCCCCCGAGUACUCCAUAAAGGUGGCAGAUGUGGCCAAAGUGAGGACCCUGAACGCCAUUGCCAAGAACAUUCUGUAGUGGAUGGCACUGUGCUGGGACAAGCAGGCAGAAACUCCAGGGUCUGCCCUGGCACACGGACACAUGGGUACUGCUUCCAUCCUCAGGCUGCAGAGGAUGUGCACUAGGUGAUGAAGCCUGACACCUCUUCCCUUGGCUUCCCCUGAAGUCCCUGGCCUGGAAACUUAUGUUGGCCAUUUUAAAUAAAAGGACUUGUUCCCAGAUGUUGCAGCAACGGCUGUUUGGCAGCAUUUGGGUGGAAGGGAGGUGAGCAAGUAGGGGGACUGAAUUGUGUUA